AUGGAUAACCAGCACAAGCAGCAGGGCUAUGACUACCAGAUUCGUGGAUUUUAUAAAGAGAAGAAUAGUAUAUUUACAAAUAAAAAUAGUUGUCGUGAUUUUAAUUUCCCAAUUGACUUAAAAAUAUCAAAUGUUGUGUCUGUUGGACCAUCCAUGAAGACGGUCAGAAAUAGGAAUCUCAAUUUCAGUCCAUAUCAGCAUUUUAUUGGAAAAUAUAGCAACUGUCUCGAGCCCGUAUAUCAACAGAAAUCUCAUUAUUUUGUAAAGAUUUUAGUAUGUGCUUUGGUGGCGGUGGUUGCCGCAGCCCCAGACCACUACGGACCACCUCAGACCGCCUUCUAUGGCUUUCCCAGUCCAGUCAUUCCCAUCCUGAAGGACGAGCGAGAGGGACCUGAUGCGUCUGGAGUGUACAGCUUCGAGUUCGAGACCGGCAAUGGCAUCAAGCGAGAGGAACAAGGUGCCCCUCGAGGACCAUCUGGCGCAGUGGCCAUGCAAGGAGGAUGGUCCUUCACCUUCCCCGAUGGCUCUCCCGCCGACGUGACCUUCGUCGCCGACGACGCUGGUUUCCGCGUGGAGUCCGACCUGCUGCCCACGCCCCACCCCCUCCCCGCCCACGCCAUCGCCCAGAUCGAGAAGGCUCGUCGGGAGGACGCAGCUGCUGCCGCUCUGAGCGGGCGUUACUCCGCCCCUCGGACUAGCUAUGGAUACCCUUAA